AGCAGGUCUUCAGUCUCUCCAGACUCUCCAACAUGACGACCCGCAGCUAUAUGUCAUCGUCCCGCAUCAGCAGCUUGGGUGGCGCCAACAUGAGCACCGGCAGCGUAUACGGCGGCGCAGGCGGUUCUGGGGUCAAAAUCUCCCAGAUUGGCUUCGGAGGCGGCAGCAUGUAUGGUGGCGCUGGCGGUUCCGGGAUCCACGUCUCCAGAAUCAGCUCGACCAUGGGCGGCGCAGGUGGCUUCAAUCUGGACGGCGCCAUCGACAUCUCCGCCAACGAGAAGUUCACCAUGCAGAACUUGAACGACAGGCUGGCGAGCUAUCUGGAGAAGGUGCGCAGACUGGAGGCAGCCAAUGCAGAUCUGGAGCUCAAGAUCAAGAACUUCCUUGCAAGCCAAAGUGGUCCUGCGACCCAUGACUGGACCACCUUCUUUGCGCGAAUCAGAGAUCUGCAGGCUGGGAUCCAAAAUGGCGCUCGUUCCAACGCCGCCCUGAUUCUUGCCAUCGACAACGCCAAGCUGGCCUCAGACGACUUCCGCGUCAAGUAUGAGAACGAGCUGGGUAUGCGCCAGGUGGCCGAGGCCGAUGCGGCUGGCCUGAAGCGGGUUCUGGAUGAGCUGACCAUAAGUCGCACCGACUUGGAGAUGCAGGUGGAGGGUCUGCAGGAGGAACUUAUUUACAUGAAGAGGAACCAUGAAGAGGACCUCAUCGCCCUGCGGUCCCAGAUAUCUGGAAACGUCAACGUGGAGGUGGACGCCGCCCCUCAGCAGGACCUCUCCACCGUCUUGGCUGGAAUACGAGAGCAUUACGAGAAUGUCGCUGCAAAUAACCGCAGAGACCUGGACAACUGGUUCCAGGCCAAGUCCGCCGAGCUCAACAAAGAAGUGACGGUGAACCUGCAGACGACCAAGAGCGAGAUGACCGAACUGCGUAGAACUUUCCAGAACCUGCAGAUCCAACUGCAGGCGGAGUUCAGCCAGAAAGCGGUUCUGGAGGCAACGCUGGCCGAGACGCAAGCUCGCUAUUCUGCCAUGUUGCAAGGCUACCAGAGGCAGGUGUCGGCUUUGGAAGAGCAGCUGGCGCAGCUCAGGACUGAAGUGGAGAACCAGAAGAUCCAGUACGCCGAGCUUCUGGACAUGAAGACACGGCUGGAAAUGGAGAUUUCAGAGUAUCGCCGCCUGAUAGACGGAGAGGGCGUCAACACCAACAAAAACUCUCGGGUCGUCAUCGUGCAGGAGGUCCACACCACAAGCAGCAGAUGAGGAGCAGGAAGAACGUCAUCACCACACUUCCUCUUUAUGUCCCCUCCAAUAAAAAAAGUCUGACACCA